CCCCCCUUCACUGUGUUGUGAUUGGAUGCGUACCAGAGAUAGAGACAGCAUAAAGAGACAAGAAAACGACAGUACAGAGCAAGACAUCGCUGUCUUGUCCGUUCUCUACCUCCUACCCCUCCCUCAACCCCACCCCCAACAGUCACCUAGGAAACACCAUUUUCAACCUUCUUAGUUACACCCAUUACCCACCCAAGGUCAUUAACCGGUUCCUUGUUUCGUGUCACCACAACACCAAUUAAGCUCUUAAAAUCAGCUGUAACUAUUUGUUCUUCAAAUAGUUACUGUGCAAAACUCACAUUUAGUGAAAUUAGAGAUUUUUUGGUUAGUUUAGUUUUUGGAAUGAAAAUGUACUCGGCUUUGCCAUUUGGUAUGGAAGGAAACGCCAUAGGCGGUGGCAGCGGCGGAGUUGGUGAAUAUCAAAAUAUGUUGGGGGAUGCUUGCUUGGUUUUGACGGCGGAUCAUAAGCCCCGUCUCCGGUGGACGGCGGAGCUCCAUGAACGCUUCGUUGACGCCGUCACCCAACUCGGUGGCCCUGAUAAGGCAACGCCAAAAACAAUUAUGAAGGCAAUGGGGGUGAAAGGACUCACCCUAUAUCAUUUGAAGUCACAUCUCCAGAAAUACCGCCUAGGGAAGCAAUCUAAGGAGGGAGCUGAGAACUAUAAAGAUGCAUCAUGUGUGGCAGAGAGUCAAGAAUCUCAAGAUACAGGUUCCUCUGCAUCGGGUUCAUCAAAAGUAGUCACCCAGGAUAUAAAUGACAGUGGGUACCAAGUUACCGAGGCUUUUCGGGUACAGAUGGAAGUCCAGCGAAGACUACAUGAGCAGCUAGAGGUACAACGCCAUGUCCAGCUUCGUAUUGAAGCACAGGGCAAGUAUUUGCAAACAAUUCUUGAGAAAGCAUGUAAAGCUCUUAACUACAAGGCCGUGGCAUCUCCUGAUCUUGACGCGGCUAGGGAACAGCUUUCUGAAUUGGCUAUUAAAGUUGAGAGUGACUGUGAUGGGAUUGUUACAGUUCCUUCAUUACCCGAAGUUGUUACAAGCUUUGAAAACAAAAAUGCUCCUAACAUGCCUGCUAGAAUUGGAGAUUGCUUGAUCGACGUCUGCUUUCCACCAAAUAGAAGUCCGGUUUCUCCCACAAGCAUAGGUGCUCUAAAGAAGAGACCACGAGCUUUUGCUAAUGCGGAUGCCUUGCCCGUGGAAAACAAUAUGAGGCAAGUGCAAUGGAUGAUGACUAAUUCAUGAUUGAAGUUGGCUAUAUGAAUCCUCGUUUUGCUUAUCGCUCCAUUUUAGCUCAUCUCAGUCCAAUAUUAUAUUAGUCCCCCUUUAUCUGUUUGAUCCAGAAAGAUCCAAUAUGUUAAAUUCCACAUGAAACUUUUACAUUUUUCAAGAUUACUUUGUACAUUCUGUAAGGUUUAUACCAACUACCUUUUCUAAGGAAGUUCAUUCUUCUG